UCAGCCGGCGCAGUCUUGCUGCGAUCGUCAUGGAUCGCAGUUGAAUCAUCGUGAGCCGUUUAUAUGGCGUAUAAACUGUCCAAAGUUUCAAUUAGUAAUAUUUUAAUUUCACUUUUAUUUAUAAAAAGCUUAGUGGAUUAAGUUAACCUUUAUUAACAUUUAAUUUUAUAACUUUAUCGCGAACAUGGCUGUGAACGUGUGUUUUUGUGUAAAACUGUCGCCUAACAAAAAAUCGAUUUUUGGAUUGAGAAUGAAGAGCCAAAUAUUGUAUUUGGUAUUGUUUACCGGUUUCUUGGCGGCUGCUUCUGCUGCUGACACAGAAGUAUCUUGUGCAAAUGUGAAAAGUAUAUUUGAAAAGAAAGGAAUGUUGUCGAUGGUUGAUAUACAAGAACAACCGAAUUCAGAUGCCGGCGAACUGUGUCUCAACAAGGGUUGCUGCGGCGCGGGCGCGCGCUCACGACUCACGCAACAAGCCCGCUCGCAGCUCGAAGGCGCUCUUCGGAGCGAACUAAGCAAGUUGGCCGAUAUUUUAUCAAAUAGAGCCAAGCGUUUUGAUGAGUUCUUUAGAAAACUCCUGCAGCUCUCACGGGAAGAGUUCCACGCCAUGUUCAAACGCACCUACGGCAUGAUUUACGAACAACACACGUAUGUCUUCGAGCAAUUGUUCGAACAAUUGGAAAGGUAUUACACCCGAGGCGAUAACGACUUUGACGAAAUGAUGGACGGUUUCUUCGGAAUUCUCUACCAGAAGAUGUUUACGGUGCUCAACUCACAAUACAGCUUCGACGAGAAGUAUUUAAAAUGUGUGAAUGAACACAUGCGAGACAUUCAGCCAUUUGAAGACGUGCCCUCGAAACUGUCUGUACAGCUUCGACGCGCUUUCGUAGCUACACGCACUUUCCACAAAGCACUGCGUGCUGGCGCGGACGUCGUCAGGAGUAUGAUGCAGGUGGGUGUUACCCAAGAAUGCGUGACAGCGUGGGCCAGACUUCGGUACUGCGGUACAUGCUCAGGGCAGCAGCAACCCGCCUGCAGUCGGUAUUGCCACAACGUUAUAAAGGGCUGUCUACCCACUCAUGCAGAUUUAGGCGAACAGUGGGACGCUUAUGUUGAUGCCGUAGAAAAAGUCGCAGACCGGCUACUUGGCCCAUUCAACAUAGCGAUGGUAGUAGAACCUAUCGAUAUUAAAAUAUCCGAAGCUAUUAUGAGCUUCCAGGAGCGCAACCAGGAGAUCUCACAGAAAAUCUUCUCUGGUUGUGGAAAACCAGUGUUGGGCGGAGGUGUCAGUACGGGUCCAUUCUUCGCCCCGGAUCGGAGUCGGCGUUUCGCACGAUCUGUCAUUCCAGACUUCGAUUGGAAUCACAAAUCUAAUGAUGUCGACGAUUUCGAAAUCGAGGCUUCAUUCGAGAGUCUUGUAAACGAGGACCCGUCAUUAAUAAGCCUUCGGAGCCCCGAGGGUAUUCGAAAAGCGACGGAGGAACUGGCCGAGCAGUCCAAAUCGAGGGAACGUUUCCUCCAGUACAUGAAAGGACAGAUUAAAUUAGAAGACUAUGAAGAAAAUGAGAGAAAAAAGAGGGACGCUGAUCCGGACCCCGCGCCCGGUGGCGCCGAGAUCGACUUCAAAUCAUAUGAAUUCGACGGCAAACGAGGUUCGAAGAAAAAGAAGCCGACGACUACCAAACCUGAAGAUGGUCACGGCGCCGAGUCUGGCCCGGCAUUGGAGCGUCUGGUGCGCGAGACGCGCGCGCGCGUGCGAGCCUCGCGCCGCUACUGGCUGCACCUGCCGGCCGUGCUGUGCGCCAGCACCAGCGUCACCAGCGCGCCUUGCUUCAACGGCUCGCAUGUCGCCAGCUACACGUCGAUAGCGGCGGGCGACGGCAGCGCGGCGCUGGCGUCCAACCCCGAGGUGCACGCGGCGCCCGCGCCCGGCCCCGCGCCGCCCGCCGACUCGCUGCGCGCCUUCACCGCGCGCCUCAAGGACGCCUACAACGGCGUCGAGGUGCAGUGGAAGGACUCGGCUGAGGAUCUCCAAUCGGCUGCGGCAUCAGUUAACGAGUUUUUGGAUAACGGCGGGUCGGGAUCAGGUUCGGGAGACGACACGAACGACACCGAGGACCCCGGUGAUGAUGACGACAGGGAUUAUCCUGAAGGUUCCGGAGAUAGCAGACCAGGGCUGGACACAACAGAAACCGAUAUAGAUAACCGGCCACCGGAGAUACCGAAUGUACCCAGCAUUGUGGACGUUCCCGGAAACAACAAUGUCCAAGUGCGCGGUCGCGUGGACGAGCCGCCUGUCACCAACACCGAUGUCGCUGAGCGGGAAUUCGUCCCGCCCAGAUCAUACCCGACCCCAGACGAAGUCCCGUCGGGACCAGACCAGACCGGGGUCGAUGUUUCAUCCGGACCGGAUCAGGCUCAGGAACAGCCGGUCGCCGGUUCCGCAGACCGGCCGUCGUUGCAGACGGCGCUCUUCACCUACGCCCUCCCGGUCGUGUGCGCGUGGUUCGGAACCAUCGUGACCGAUAUCUUCUAAACGUCACCGCGUCGGUGUCGUUCGCGGAAGCCAAGAGCUAGUCAGUGCGAGUGACGGUCGUGAGCCGAGCGAGUCGAGCGAGUCGAGCGAACGCUCCUGUGAUAUGGACGAGUGACGGGUCGGUACUCGAAACGUCGGAGACUCUCAACAAAUUGAAAGAAAUACACAGUGAAUGUGUAGUGUUAAUUUAUUUUAUUAAUCGAAAUAUUCCGCUGUCGAAGGAAUAAGUGGUCGACAAUAACAGUGGAUUUCAAUUUUUUUAUAUAUAUAUAUAUUAUAAACCAUUUUACCCAAAUUUUAUGGCAAUUAUAAAAAAAUUAGGAAAAAAAAAAUACAACCAAAUCGUGUAUUUAUUAAAUGAUCUUGUAAAUAUUACUUGUAAAUUAUAUUCGAAUUAGAUAGCGAAUGUUUUUAUCCUUUCACGUACGUUUGUAUGUAUGUAUGUAUGUAUGUAUGUAUGGUACUUUAGUCCAUCGCUCAGCGUCGUCGAAAUUUUUUAAGAUAUUCUUCAUAACAUGUUAUAAUGUGUGUAAACUUAGUUGUGAAUUCUCUGUACAUAGUGACGCAAAGCGGUGUGCCGUUUUCGGAAUAUCGGAAUUAUUUAAAAUGUAAAUAUUAGUUAGAAGUAUAACUAAGCGUAAGUUAAGACUGAUUUGCUUUCGAUAUUUUUUUUAUAAUUUUAAGAUACAACACAAUCAAAGGGAAUAUCGUCGUGAUAAAACAGAUCAAAUUGCAGAUUAAAUGAAUAUACAGAUAAAGAAAAACUUUUUAAAAAAAGAACGAUUUUUUUUAAAUUUAUGUACUGGUUGAAGGUUUUUAUUUAAUGGUAUCGUUUUGAUUGUACUGUAUCUUUGUAUCAUAUAUUCAUUCGGAAUAGAAUUAACCGACUGACAUAGAUAAUUUCGCUUUAUUAAUUUUAUGUUUUUUAUUUUAAUAACGCAAUGUUAUCAAUCAUGUUUAAUUUUUAUACGUUGGCUUCAGCUUUACUUUGCUAUAAAUGUAUUUUAUAUUUUAAUUUACGAUCCGUUACAAUAUCAGCGUAUUGCAAAUUAAAUUUUAGAUUUUUUUACUGUAAGAUACCAGUGUAUAGUAUCCUUAAGAAUGUCAUGACACACUAUGUGUAAGAAGAAAAGAGACAGCAACAGUUAAUACUGUAGACUCUCGGUAAUCCGACAAAUGUUUUACAAGGCGAUGUCAGAGUACUGAGUGCUGCCAUCCCGGAUUUUUCCAGUCCGGAUCUUUUUAAUUAAAAUAAAUAUAUUGUAUAAUUUGACAAAUGCUAUGCUUUGAAGUUUCGCUUGCGUUGGCUUACAAGGAGCGUUGGUUUAGAUAUUAGUCGGAUUGUCAAGAGUCUACUGUAACUUGCAUUAUAUACACUAUCCCUGUCCCUAUUUCUUAGAUAUUCAAGUUUUGGUGUCGUCUGUGCUAAGUUUUGCUAGUACAUAAGUAACUUUCUUACAUGCCAUACAUAGUCUUUUUUAUUAUAAUCAAAACGCACAAUAAUAUUUAUAUAAUAAAUAAUAACUGUUUAUUAAAUAAAUCGCAAUAAUUUUUAUUUUUUUAUUUAGUAAUAAU